GCAGACCGAGCGCGUUGUCCCUUCCACUCGCUCGCGGCUCUUUCGUUACGUAAGAACGAAAUGUUGGAGUUCACGACGCACCGCGAGCUUUUUAAACGAGAUUUUCAGGAAUAUGAGAAAUGAGAAAUCCGAGCGGUCGAUUAAUUGCGGGAAACCGCACCAGCGAAGGCUCUAGUCGAGAAAUGCCAAAACUUCGUUUCUUAGAUCAAGUUAUUUCGAUAAUUUGUCUCAUUGUCACGGAAAUGUGGAAAGCCGCCCACUCGUUUCGGCAGAGCCCCUUAAAAAUCGAAUCCUACUCGCACUUACCGUGCACAUCUUUACACUUGUCUCGCGCCUUGGCACAAAUCGCGUCGCUUUACACCUUGCUGCGUUCCUCUCCGACGGUGAUACCUCUUAAGGUGGAGCCACGUCUCGAGCACGCCGAGACGAGCCUUCCACUCGCCACUCUUCAACGAGACGACGAGACUCUUCGCUCUGGUGAACAGUGCAUGACGUUUCUUGACGUCUUCUCUUUAGGUUUAUCAAUAAAAGAGAUUGUGAAAUUAUUUGAAUGGACCCUCAACCCAAAAAAUUAUUAGAAAUGAGAAAAAAAUUUUAUCUCCCCUUCAAAAAUACAGUCUAAAGAUCGAUCAUGAAGUUUUUCAUAUUUUUUCAUUGAUAUUGGGCUAUGAUAGCAAAGAGUUAAAAAUUCAGGAUUGUAACCUUUCCGCGCGAGUUCCCCGAGGGUGUUCCGACUGCUGCGAAUUUCGGAUUCGUUACGUCACUUGAUCGAAUUUCCACACAAAAAGUUUACUGCAGCGCUGUCUUUUGCUGUACAAGACGAUUUUAUUGUACAAAACGAGGACGACUUGAAACUCGAAAAGUAAACGCCGAGGAUAUUCGCGCAAGGUGAAUUUGGCAUGAAGAGAAAUCAUUGAAAAAUGUGUGAUUUUUUAUUUCCUGAGCACCUGGCCACCCAGUUCGAUUUGUGGCUCUAACGUCUCUUUAUGUCAGCUAUUUCUCGCUAUUUGUUACCAUGACGACGUGGCGUAUACACACCGUAAGCACGAACGUAACCUUAAUGUGAUCGAAAGUUUGACAGUUGGGAAUAGUUACUGAAAACAACAAAAUGAGUGCUGAGGAAGGGGAGAAACUGAGAAACAUGGCUAUUCGUAUGGCACACGAUGGCGAGCGUAAAAAAAAGUUGAAUCAAGAAGAGAGUUGUGAAAGAUCGAUUAUCAUCAUUGGGAGUAAGGGAGUUGGUAAAACCACGAUGGUAAACAAAUUUUUGGAAAAGGAUGAAACACCAAAACCAACAACAGCAAUGGAUUAUUCGUUUGGUCGUAAAGCUGGAAAAAGUCUGGUAAAGGACAUUGUGCACGUCUGGGAAAUCGGGCACUCGGCGACAUCGUUAAUAUCAGCUGCCAUGACGGGUUCUGCAGUUGUUCAUUCGCCCAAUCACACGACGAUAUUCAUAGUGGUGGACCUUGCAAAACCCAAAGUGCUCUUGUCCAGUAUCGACGAAUGCUUAGCGAUUACAACGAGUGCUAUGAAGAUGAGCUACAGUCCUGAGGAUAUUGAGAAUUUGAAACGUCACCGUACGAAAGAGAAAAAAAAUGGUGACGAAAAUAUCGAACCUUUUCCCAUGAAGCUUUGUAUCAUUGGUGGAAACUACGAUAAAUUCAAGGAGUUUUCGUUGGACAUGAAACAGCACAUAGGACGCAGCUUAAGAGCAAUUUCACACAGUCUCGCAGCCGAUCUUCAGUAUCAUUCGUCGAAAGACAGCGUGCUCAUGAGGAAAACGAAGGAUUUGCUGUCGCACCAUGGCUUCGGGAGUCACACUGCUCGAGCCACUUGCGUAGAUUACGGAAAACCGCUUAUCAUAUCUUCCGGUAACGACUCGUUCGCAUCCAUCGAUCCUGCCUUUUCUACAAUGAGGCCCACAUCGAUUUUGGACAAAGUGAAGCAAUCUUACGUGAUGAAAUUCCCUCAGGAUUCAACGAGGGAUGAGGAAUUCAAUCUUGAUGAGGAUCCGACCACCAAUCCCAGUUUCAACGAGACUACUAUCGAUCGUUUGAGAUUGCAACGUGAAGAGGAGAUCAGUAUGUUACUUCGUGAUAUGCAUGAGCAUCGUUCAUCAAAAAUUCCAAUACCGGAGCCCUACUGAAAAAUACUCGAAAAAUUUGAAAGAUAAUCAAUUUUUUUCAAUACCAAACACACAGAAAGCAAACAAUAAGCUUCGAUCGGUAUCCUAACUUCUUUAUGCAUUACGAUAUAAAAAUGUACAGUUUGGAGUUUGAGUAAGAUUCCAUAAAAGAUUUACAUUAA